AUGCACCGCAAGCAAGUAUGGGCAAAGCGCGUGAAGAAGGAGCGCCUCCGCAAGAAGUUCGUCACGCGUAUGCAGGCAACACGCAUGUUGCAGGUGGACUCUAUUCAGUUCCGUCGUCUCUGCAUCCUUAAGGGUAUUUACCCCCGCGCCCUCGCCCGCAGUAAACAGAAGCAGAGCGGAAAUGAUAAACAGUACUACCUCGCACGCGAGAUAAAAUGGUUGGUGCGGGAUCACAUCGCUGAGCGUAUGAUGGCACACCGCGCGUGGGAAAAGAAAGUUCGCCGCGCUGAGGCAAUGGGACUCGUAGAGGACCUCAAGACACUCCGCAGCAGUAAGGUGAAGCCACGUUACAGUCUGGUGGCAACCAUUAAGGAACGCUACCCAUUCUUUCUCGAUGCAGUUCGGGAUAUUGAUGACGCCAUGUCCAUGAUCGCCCUCUACUCCUUUCUCGGACCAGAGGUAGCGAGUGAGUCUACCAUUGAGACACACCACGCUCUCACAACGGGUUUGCAUCAACGCGCCCAGGAAGUCUGUGAACGGUGGUCGCAUUAUGUGGCACGGGCCCGUGUACUCUCAAAGGGAUUCAUCUCUAUUAAGGGAUACUACUAUGAAGCUAUUGUACGUGGAGAACGUGUUCGCUGGUUAUGUCCACAUGAGUAUGCACACAAGUUUCCAUCUGGAAUUCAACAAUACAUUACCCUCAGUUUUCUUGAAUUCUAUAUUGAACUUAUGCGCUUUAUCCUGUUUAAGCUAGAGCACGAUCUUGAACGUGAUAUGAUUGAAGAACAGAAAGCUGAGGAUGAUGAAAUUAACGCAAAUGCAGAAGAUUUCGGAACAGCUGGUAAAGAAACUGUGCAGGAGUCUAGUGGUGCCAAGAAGGAUGCCUAUAGCAAAGCCGAACUUAUGCAAGAAGAAUUGCGAAAAGUUCGUUGUAUUUUUGAAGGUUUGACAUUUUUUGUAUCACGUGAAGUCCCUUUUAAACAUGCGGCUCUCGUAAUUGAAGCAUGCGGUGGUCGAGUUGCCACAGCUUAUGCACCAGAAAACAUCACACAUUUUGUAGUGGACCGUCCUGCAUUACCGCCUGGAUUUGAUCGUGUUGAUCGAAUUGAGUAUGUGCAACCGCAAUACCUCUUUGAUUGUCUUAAUGCCCGUAUGCUGCUUCCACCUAAUGGAUACCGCCUUGGUGAGGAACUUCCACCACACGUUUCACCCUUCACAGUGGCCAUUACAAACAAUCCAGAGGACAUUGCUGCGGUGGAAGAGGCGAAGAAGAAUCACCCCAAGAUAGUUUCCUAUGUGCCCAAACGCGUACAUGAGAUCCGUUCUCUUAUUAAUCCCCAAUAUACACCUGUGGAUCCUGAAGGAAAGGCGGCAGAACUACUCUUACAAAAUGAGGCAAGUGAUGACGAGCACGUGGCACUACCAGAGAUGGAUGCGGACGAUGAUGUGUCGCUCUCUGGUGAUGAACUCGCGGAGGCCCGCCGUCGCCCCAAGUGGGAGGAGGAAGAAGUAACGGAGAAUGUGCAGCGCAGCAAGCUGUCGGCGCUGAAGGUGAAGAAGCAGCGGGAGAUGAAUAUGAUGAACGCCCCAACAGACGAGGUGGUGGCCCGCCGGCGACAGGCGCAGUUGAAGGCCCGCGAAGCCCGCCGUCAGGCACAACCGGAGGAACAGCGGCUGAAGCGCAAACUCACGGAGGUGCGACGGCAGGAGGCCGCCACGCGGAAGAUGCAACUGCAGGUCGCACGCAAGAAGGCCGCGCGCUACUACAAGAUGGUGAACGGCGUCGUGCAGGGAAGCGAACGGCGCGAACGCAUGCUCGCCGCAAAGGCACAACAACUCGAGGAAGGUCGUAUUGCCGCAAAGGCAGACGGCAGUGGCGUUGUGAACAAACGCCUGCAGGCACGACGCGAAGCAGCAGCCGCGGAUGGUCGCAAACUGAAAGAGAAGAAAGCCGCCAACCCGUACAAACGACUGCCAAAGUGGGUGCGAUGA